AUGUCUAUGCAGAUUCUUCGCUCCGAGGUUAUCCUCGAGAAGUAUGGCAAGGCCCUUGCCGGGAAGACAGUCUUGAUCACAGGUGUCUCCAAUGAAUCCAUUGCCGGCGAACUCGCCGUUCAACUUGCUGCCGUCGAUCCCAAGCUCCUCAUCCUGAGCGCCCGGGCCGAGUCCAAGGUCACACCUAUUAUCAACAAGAUCAAAGAAAGCAAGCCCAAUGUCGCCACUCGCUUCCUCAACAUAGAGCUUGGUGACAUGAGCGCUAUUCGCAACGCUGUUGAGAAUGAUCUUGCCGACAUCCCCAAGAUUGACCAUGUGGUGUGCGUGGCCGCAGUCAUGGCCUGCCCCUAUGCAAAGACCAAAGACGGAUUUGAGUCACAAUUCGGUGUCAACUACCUAGCCAACUUCUUGCUUGUCAAGCUUCUUUUGCCCAAGGUUCAAGCUGCCGGUGCCUCGUCUUCUGUUAUCAUUGUGGCGAGCUCUGCUGUCCGGGGUGGGAAGAUUAAUCUCGAUGAUAUUGGCUUUAGCAAUGGCGAGACUUACGAGGGCUGGGCCGCGUAUGGCCAGUCUAACGUCGCGAGAGUUAUGUUUGCCAAGAGACUCGGCGAGAAGUUGAAGAGCCAAGGUAUUCGCGUCUUCAGCAUUGAUCCUGGUGCGGUUUCGACCGGGCUGCAAAAGCACGUCACGACUGAAUUCCGGGCCCAAAUUGAGAAAUGGAGGGAAACUGGUGGGAGCCUCACCGAUGCAGAUGGAGUCAAAUACGAGAUGCCCCCUUGGACAAGUCGCUCCGAGGGUGCGGCCACUAUGAUCACGGGAAUGAUCGACCCCACUAUUACCGACUUUACAGGAUCCUUCCUCAAGCAAAACGCCGUGGCGGACGAAGAGUUGCACAGCCAGGUUCGUGACGAACAACUCUGGACUAGACUUUGGGAAAUGAGUGAAGGUUUCAUUGGCGAGAAGUACUCGCUGUGA